AUGGCAGAGACGUUACUAGAAGAUUUAUUAAUUUCCAAAAUAAAUGAAGAAGAUAAAUUUUUUGAUAGUUUUUCCGAUAAUUUUUCUGACAAUAAUGAAGAUGAUAAUACUACAUAUACGGAACAAGAUAAUAAUGAAGAUUUCAACCAUAGUCAUACAUCACUUUUCAAAGGAACAAAUAAAAGUACAGAAGAAUUUAUAUCACGUUUUCUAAAAAUCAAAUUAAAAGGUGAAGUAUCUGAUAAUACAUCAGAAAAAUUUUUAAAAUUAUUUUGUGAUUUUUUGCCUUCUGGUCAUAAUUGUCCAAGAACUAUGAAAGGAAUAAGAAAUAGAUUAGCAUAUUCAGUUCCAGAUAUAAACAAUAUUUUUAGAAAUACUAUUGAGCAUAAUUUUGAUAACGGUUGUCUUUUAGAAUUUCCAUUCAUGGAAUUAAUGGAACUCAUAAUUAAACGCAAUCUCAAAAAUAAAUUAAAAAAUAAAUUAUAUUCAAUAUCUUACAAACAAGAAAAUGAAUAUUUCAAUUUUUAUUACAGAAUUAAGAUUGAAACAAUAACAGGAGAUAUUCCUACAUUAAGAAAAAUAAAUAAUUUAAAAGGUUGCAACGGUAGUUAUGGUUGUACAUAUUGUUUUCACAAAGGUGAGUACAUUAAAACUGGAGAAGGUGCAGGACAAGGUAAAAUGGCAUUUAAUAAUGGAACUAAAAUGACAUUAAAAACAAUGAUUGAGUAUGAAAGGUAUGCUACGUUACUUGAAAACAUUCCAAGAGAAAUAAUGUUUGGGAUGCUUGGAAAAUCACAUAUAGAUGGAAUUAUUCAAAUACCAAUAGAUAUAGCAAUAGAUUAUAUGCAUACGGUACUGUUGGAACCAAUUAAAGAAGAUAUGACUUCAAUUAGAGAUGGUGAUAAAAAAAUGUAUUCAAACGGUUUUAAAUUACCAAAAAUGACUAAAAAUAUGAUUGAUUUUUUUGAUCAUUCAUUAAAAUUAUUUAUUUUACCAAGAGAAUACAAAAAGAAUAUGAAGUCAUUGAAAGAAUUUGGUAAUUUUAAAGCAAUUGAAUGGAAAUUUUUUAUGCUUUAUGGUUUUCCAACAAUAUUUCUUGAAAGUAUGAAAAAUAGAAUAAAUGAAUUUGUAGUUUUACAACUAUCAAUAAUUAGUGGAAUUGGAUUACUAAUGAUGGAUGAUAUUAAUGAAAAUGAAUUAAAAAUGUCUGAAAAUUUGCUUUCUUUGUGGUUUGAUGAAAGAGUAAGAAUAAUUGGAUCCAGUGCAAUGAAACUAAAAAGUCAUAUGAUCACUUAUUUACAUGCUAUUAAGAAUGAUUUCACAAAAACAGAAACUAAUAGUCUUAAUCAAAUAAAAAAAAGGUUUCAAGAUUUUCAUAUGGCAUGUUAUACUAUUGGAAAGGAAGAAAAAACAUUAGAUGAUAAGUUUAUUCAAAUUCCAAGUUAUUUUUAUAAUAUCUUUAAAGAUUUAUUUUUCAAAAUAAGUCAAUACAAAUUUGGGGAUAGAUUAUAUUUUAAAGAAUUUACUAUCCGUGCUUCAAUAAAUGGUAUGAUUGAUAGAGAUAAUUUUUUAAUAGUAAAAAUUGAAAAAACAAUGAAAUAG